AGCUAAGACACGGCGACGUGUGGGAGCCAUUGUAUGACUCAUUCGACGCUGCUUCACGCCGAAGAUCGAGGUAAGGACGUACGGCGUCGAUCGAGCUCUGGUGAAUCCUCUCUUGUGACGAGAAAAAAAUCGUUUUCAUCGCUCGUCAGCGUUCCUCUUCGUUGUUCCACGUUUCCGCGUAAUAAUUUCGGGAUUUAGACUACUUCAAGAGUGUGUUAGGUGUAUCAAGAUCUCAGCUGCCAUUCCGAUCAAGUGGAUUUAGCACAUUAGUAGAGAGCAGUUAACUGCUUGUUUUCUGCUGCUACUUUUCAAUUGUUCUUCAGAAGUGGUUUUGGUGAUCAAACAUCUUUGUUCUUGUUCAGCUCUUAGAUUUCAACCUACAUUUUAUAUACGCAAGAAAUAGAAAAGCAGAAGAAAGAAGCUAUAUUUUGAAAGAUCCUCCUCCUACAAAAAUGAGCGUCAUAAUAAGACUGCAAAAUUUGGCGUGGUCCGCCAAUGCACUGGACAUACGACAAUUUUUCAGAGGACUUAGUAUCCCGGAGGGUGGCGUUCAUAUUGUCGGUGGCGAGCUAGGGGAUGCUUUCAUCGCGUUCAGCACCGACGAAGACGCCCGACAGGCUAUGAUGCACGAUGGCGGUAAAAUUAAGGAAAUGAAGAUUAAACUGCUGCUCAGUUCCCGUGCCGAAAUGCAGAAAGUGAUCGAGGCCGCUCGGCAACAGACUUUGAGUUUGCAGUGCAUUAUGCAGACCGCGCCGGUGACGGUGCCACCUGUUGUUUCUGGCAAGCAGCCCGGCUCACCGGUCGCGGAAAGGAAGGAGAAGGACAACGACAGCGAGUCCGGCAAAGAUCGAAAGGACAGACGUGAUCGAUCGAGAUCGCGAGAUCGUUCGCGCUCACGUGACCGUGAUCGCGAUAGGGAUCGUCGCGAUCGAGACCGCGGUAGGGAUCGACGACGACGGGAUCGGAGCAGGUCGCGGGACCGAGAACGGCGCGAUCGAAGGCGUCGUCGCGAUCGGUCCAGGUCGCGCGAUCGCACGAGAUCGCGGGAUCGCGACGCCAAGAGAAACUCGUUGAACGAUCGGCGCAAAGACGAGGACGACACUAGCGAUGUCGUGUGCGUAGGCCAAUUUCAGAAGGACAAAGCCGCCGGGAAGAAGCCGCUUGUGGAAAAUGGCGUGUGGGAAGUUCCACCUCAGACGCAGAUGCAAACCGCUCUCCUGGCGCCGAAUAUUCUUGGCGCCAGUGUCGCCGCUCUGUCUCAGGACACAGCGGAUGUUCAACGCUCAGCCAUAGCCAGCUUCGGUACAUCAAUGAUAGGUCAGCAGUCUAUGUUGCAAUCGGGCCAGUUCGCUAUUAACGGUCUGAACGGUGUCAGCAAUCUCAUGCAGCCGCACGUCCAGUUGGGACACGCGGUAGGUAUAACGCCGCUUUCGCAGAACUUAAGCAAUAUGAGCGGCCUCGGAGCGCGCUCCAAAGAUCUCUGGGGUCAGAACGACAGCAGACUGGAUCAGACCGGGCGAUUUUCUGGACGAUCGAGUCAAUUCAAGAAUCAGGAACACGGUUACCGUGGUUCUAGGUCGAAUACUUUUAUGAAUAAGGUACAAGAACUCGAGGGUCGUCGCAAUCCACAUGCAUUCCAAUCUGGCUCGUCCAACUUCGGCUACGACGAUCGCCAGACUUCCGGACGGAAAUCGGGUAACUCCAGAUUCUCCAACGAUAAAAACGGGACCAGCAAUAACAGCACCGGCAGCGGUGGUCAUUGCGUGGAAGUGCGCAAUAUGCCGUUGAGCGCGACGUAUGCGGAUCUACGACACGCGUUUCAAGGUAUCUAUAUCAGAAAGGAUUGUGUGAAAAUGAUAACCGAUAAUCACGGUAACCGUGUGGGCAUUGCGUAUAUCAAGUUCGGUAAGGCUGAGAGCAAAGAGCUCGCAAUGAGCACGACCAGAUACGUGCGAGGUUCUGAAGUAGAAGUUCUUCACUUGGACGAGAGUAUAUUCGACAAAGCAAUGAUCUCUUACUUGCCCGAUAAGGAAGACGAGGAUGAUGUGCGAAACUCUUCGUGCAUCCUGCUGACCGAUCUACCGUCCUUUACCAAAGAAAUGGAUAUCGCUAAACUGUUUCACGACUGGAAGAUCAACGAUCUCUUCAUUACCAACAGUAAGGAAUCCAGCACCGCUCAGUGCAUAGCUUACGUGCAAUUUGCUCGGCUCGAAGACGCCAAAUCAUCGCUGAGCACGGCGCUCAAGAUCGGCAGCAAAUCCGUGACCGCGACCGCAAUCAGCGAAGAGAGGUUCGCGCAGGCGAAGCGCGAACACGAACAGUCGAGCGCGAAUCAGACCGAUUGUAUUCUCAUGCGCGGUUUGCCAUUUCAGACGGCCGAUCGCGACGUCUUUGACUUCUUUUCCGACAUUGGCAUCGUACCAAUUCGUAUUCACAUGAUGCUCAAUCAGCAGGGCAAACCGGCCGGCGAAUGUUUUUGCGAAUUCGACUCGGUCGAAAAAGCGGAACGCGCGCUCAGUAAAAACGGUCUACCUUUCGGCAAGAACAUACCCACGAUCGAGUUGGUGCCGCGCGUCAAGAUGCUCGAAACUCUCGGAAUGAUGGAGGCGCAGCAGCAGUCGCAGCAUUUCUCACCGUUGCAGCAGGAUCAGCACCAAAGACCGCCACGUUUCACCGGUCCGAUAGGUCACUUGCCGCGUUUUGCCAACGCCGGUUUCGGACCGCGCUGCCCGCCCGGCUUGAUGGGGAUGCCGCGUCACAUGAUGGCGCGCCAUCCGCCAUCCCUGGCCGAUUGCGUCGAGGGAUUCGGCAAGCCUGGCUGCGUGUUAUCGCUCGAGAACGUGCCCUUCAAGGCGGACAUCAACGAAAUAAUCGAGUUCUUCGGCGACUUCGACGUAAAGAGGGAGAACGUGAUUCGCCGAUACACCGAGAGGGGUAUGCCAACCGGGGACGCUCGAGUGGCCUUCUCGUCUCCGAACGAGGCGCAGCGUGCUCUCAAAGAGCUCAAGAACUGUAAAAUGCGAGAACGCACCAUAUACAUGAAACUAGCGUGAGUUCUUCCGCACCGUCUCCCUGAAAUGGAGACAGUACUGACAACGAAGACGGACUUGAAGAAACUGCGAUGAGGCGAUAUCGCAUUUAAUAUUCCCCACACACGCGAGAGCAACAUCGGUGAAAUGAUGUUCCUUUUUGAUCGCGGGAUUGAAGAAGAACCCCCCGGAUUGAAGAGAGUCUCAGUUGGCGAAUCUACUGCGAAUCAAGAUCCGGUGUUGCUUGAGAGAGACCGCACACCGACAAUUAUCAUAAGAACCACCUUUACACUGAUUGUAACACGUCUUCUUUGUAUAUGAAAACAAAAAAAACAAACAAAAAAUUUAUACUUCCUUAUUAGAGUAAAUACCUUAUUGCACUGACGAUCAUAGUCGCCGCGCGCGCGCGAGUGUAUGUUAUAUUGAAGAACGUAAAAAGAAUCAUUUAGAUUUAUGAAAGAAAGUCAUUUUUUUUUUUUUUCGACGACUAUAUGCGUAUCACACCGCCCGAAUCUCGGUUUUUCUCUUCUUGGUUGUGUUGUAAGAAAAUCUACAAACUAUCAGAGAGAGAGAGAGAGAGAGAGAUUGUCGAGCAAACAACAACAACGUUGCCAGCACGAUCGUUCGAGUAUUGCUCAGCUAUGAUAGUAAAGUAAUCUCAUUUGUGUAUUAGCGAAUUUUUUUAACUGUGUCGCUCGUACUGGUGACGACUCUUUCGAAGGACGACUAUGAAAAAUGUAGCAACUUUAGAAUAAAACAGACGAACAUUACAGAGUGCAUUAUAAAUGAAAUGCUACAAGCUGUUUUUUUUUUUUUUGGUUUUUUUGCGAACGUAUUUAUUAACGGCACAUUGUUCAACGAAAGAGUUAACAAAAACCUUUUUUAGUGUGAUGAACAAUUUUUGAGAGGUUUUUUCUGUGUCGCUUUCAAAUAUAGUUUCUACGGGAGAACAGCUUGUGCAUAAGAGUCUAUAUGCGCUACUUGUGUAUACAUACAUAUUACAUAUAUAUAUAUAUAUGUAUACACACAACACACAUACACACACACAUAUAUAUAUGUACUACGAAAAAGAGAAAUUAAUUUUAUUUUGUAUACUACAACGCAAAACCAAAUAAAGUUUGUUAUGUCAAAGUACAAAGUUAGCGGUUUGAUUAGAGUUGUGCAUUCAUUGUUUUUUUUUUUCUUUUUACACGUUUUGUCCUGACAAUAUACCAUUGUUUAGUUAUGAGUGCGAGUCGAUCGAUGGAAAACCGACGACGAAAAACGUAAGUGUAACGAGAAUACUACGUGUGUAUGUAAAUAUGUUUGUAAAUAUGUUUAUAUAUCGAACAAUACGUGUGAUUCCACGGUGGGGUAAAUCGUGCUCUUCUCAAUCUCACGUCACACCGAGAACACGUGCGCGUAUUCGUCUAGAAAAAAAAAAAAAAAAAAA